AAAUUAAGCUUGUUAUCCAAACAUGCCUAAAUGAAAUAUGUAAAUGAAAAACUCAUGGCCUAUAUUAGGCUAACAAUAUCAUAGCCAUAGAUUAUGAAUCAACCUAUAAUAUUUUGUACUAGCCAUUAAAAUGAUUCUGGAAUAAAUAUAAUUUUAUAGAAGAGGAUCAGUCAAAAAAAAGCAAAAGGAAGAGCUUAGAGCAUAAAUAGUAGAGUAAAGUAUUUGAUGUGACUUCAGAAUUUAAUCUUGCUUUGUUACCACUUAUUCUGGAAUAUUAUUUUAUAUAAAUCAACAGUAAGGUCUAAUCUAAAUUACAACAUAUCAAGUAGAAUUGAAUUUGCAUUGUUGUUGAAUACAAUUGCAUUGGUGAAAUGAAGAGUUGUGAAGAAUGGAAACCUUUUAUGAUAAUGAUAGCAAUUGAUAUUUCUUUUGCGGUUGUGAAUAUUCUUCUCAAGAAAGUCCUUGAUGAAGGAAUGAACCAUUUGGUUUUUAUCACAUACCGUCUCUCUAUUGCUACCAUUUUUGUAGGUUCAAUUGGAUACUUUAGGGAAAGAAAUAGCAGACCGCCGCUAACAUUCCGAAUUUUAUGCUACCUCUUCUUCAGUGCCGUUGUUGGAGCUUCAGUCACACAAUACUUCUUCCUCUUGGGGAUUCAAUACACUUCUGCUACAUUUGCUUGUGCUUUUGUCAACAUGGUGCCUGUGGUCACUUUCCUAUUGGCAUUGCCAUUUGGAAUAGAGACCGUGAACAUCAAAUGCAACAGUGGUAGAGCCAAGAUUUUUGGUACAUUGGUGUGUAUAGUUGGUGCAUUGAUGUUGACACUUUACAAAGGAAAGGGUUUAUUUAAUUUUUCUCAUCAUGAGUCAUCAGUGAAGCUAGCAGCUACAAGGACACCAGAGAAAUGGACUAUUGGUGUGAUAGCUUUGAUUUUGGGAACUCUCUUUUGGUCUUCUUGGUUCAUUUUACAAUCUAAAAUAAGCAAAAGAUAUCCAUGCCAGUAUUCUAGCACAGCAAUCAUGAGUUUCUUUGGAGCUAUUCAAUCAGCUGUAAUUUGCUUGUUCAUUGACCAUGAUUUGUCUAUAUGGGUUCUAAGAGGAAAGAUACAAAUAAUCGCUAUUUUGUACGCUGGAAUAAUUGGAUCAGGUUUGUGUUUUGUGGGAAUGUCAUGGUGUGUUAAGAAGAGGGGUCCAGUCUUUACAGCAGCAUUUAGCCCAUUUGUUCAAAUAAUGGCAGCCUUGAUUGAUAUCCCUGUCCUACAUGAGCAGCUCUAUCUUGGAAGUGUGUUGGGGUCAAUCUUGGUAAUGCUUGGAUUAUACAUUCUUCUAUGGGGUAAGAGCAAGGAGAUGAAGAAUCGUUUGAUUAUGUUAGCGGAGAAAGCUGAAGAAACAAAGGAACAAGAACCUCAAAUACAACACUUAACAGUGUCUUGUGAAUCACGGUUUCAUAACAUUGACAUCAAGUAGUAUAUGUAUUUGUUUAUGUUAACUGUUAAUUAAGGAGUUGCUAAACAACUUUAUUCUCGUGAAAAUCUCAAUUGAGUUUGUGUUUACUUAAGGAUACACCAGAAAAAAGCUAGUAUACUUUUUUGUAUUUUUACAAAAAAUCAAAGAGAACAAAUGAAACAAGUUAGUACUAUAAGUAUCGUCCAAAAAAAAAGUUGUACUCUUGUGUGAAAUGUAAUGGAAAAAAAAUGGAAGAAUUGUGAAAGUGGAACAAUGAAUUGAUUCAUUAUAA